ACACAUUUCCUCUUGCGCGUUAGUUGAUGUUAGUCAUGUGCUGAGCUCAUUUACAUUAAAAUAUGCUCAUUUUUAUGGGGUUUUUUAUGUUAUUCCUGUAUCAUAUGAGGCCAUGUUCCUGUAGGAAAUGAAGUGAAUUGAGUUGUCCCUGCGGUCAGCAGUUAUUUGGCAAAAGUUUCCUAUCAAAAUACAUCUGACAAAAGAUGAAGAACCACUUCAAUGUUAGCUCCUUCCCCAGCCUGAGCGCCCCAGCGAUUGUGGGAAACGCUUGCGGAAUCGACUUCAGUCAAGACGGCAUCUUUCUUCCCGUCUUGUACGGGAUCUUCUUCAUUAUCGGCACUCCUUUAAACCUGUUAGCGCUCUUUGGGCUCUACAGACUCAUCCAGUCAGAGAACGUCCUACCAGUGUAUGUCAUCAACCUUCUGAUCGCGGAUCUAAUUCAACUUCUGACUUUGCCUUUGUGGAUAGACUACUAUGCAAACGGACACCACUGGCGCUUCGGACCCCGGAGCUGUCAGUUCAUGGGUUUGUUUUUUUACAUUAGCAUUUACGCGGCCAUCUUCUUCAUGUGUAUCAUCGCUCUAGAACGUCACUUGGCCAUCGCCAGGCCUCUCAGUUUCAAGUAUCUCCGUAACUUGAAGUUUGCUCGCUGGAUUGCACUCGGCAUUUGGAUUCUAAUUGCGGUGCCACCUGCCAUUGCGUUCGACAAGCUCUUUCCCAAGCAGGGAAAUUACACUCUUUGUAUCGAGAAGUAUCCCUCAGAGGGCAGUUUUAUCACCUACAGGCUGAUUACUCUGCUUGUGUCCUUCAUCAUACCCCUGAGUUUCAUUGUUGGUCUCCACAGAGAGACCGUGCGCUCGCUGAUGGCAAUCAACUCGCUUUUAUCCGAGGAGAAGAGGAGUAUCAGGGGUCUGCUCACCCUUCUGGUGGCCGUGUUUGUCACGGUGCUGGGGCCGUAUCAUUUCAUCGGCUGUGUGAAGUACGUCGGACUGCUGAUACACAGCAGUCCUUGCGUUUGGGAGAAGGCUGUGUUUGUGCCCUAUCAGUUAGGACGAGGCUUUCUGAGCCUUAACAGCUUGCUGGAUCCUGUGUUUUACAUCUUUCUCCGCAGAGACUUCCGUGCCGUCGCUGGCAAGUACUUGCCCUGCCUGAGGAGAGUGAGGAGCAGAUCGUAUCGGACAGAGAAAGCAACAAGCUCCACUCUAGACUGUGAUUGAAAAUGUCCCCCUGGUUAUGUAUUUCAAAUACACUUUGGACAAAGAACUAAGAAACUAUGCCAAACUCAUACAGAAGGCUUAAUUAAAUCUAUGGUGGCGCCGUCAUCUAAGACAGAUGUUUCAGCAUCAUUGUUCAUUUUUAUUUAGAAGACAUUUGGCAUUGCUAUGCUUUUAGUUGGCCCUGCUAGCUCUUGACCGUCUUGUUUGUCUGUUGAUCAUUUCCAUGCCUGCACUGCAGGAAUGAUUUUUAUUUUAUUUUAAUUGAUCUCAUAUUAUCUUAGCUUAUUUGUCUCUCAGGAUUUUCUACGUCUACACUGCUGAAACAAAAAAAAAAAAACAUAUUAACAUUUCAUUAUGUUUUUGGCAGUAGACUUGGUGGUAUAGGGUAAACUUUGUACAUUUUUAAAAGAACUUGCCUUUCCUGCAGGAUCACUGCUGAUACUAUUUCAGGUGCGAAAAUAUAACACGUCUAGUCAAAUACAUGCACAUCUUUCUUAUAACCAACUUUACCAAGAAUUAUAUUUCUUUCUGAAUUCUUUGUCUCUCAGUCAUUUCCAUGUUUGGAACAAAACUAGAAUAUUAAUUCUAUUUCAUUGUGUUUUUGGCAGUAGACUUGGUGGUAUAUAGCUUAGAUUUCUUUGAAUUUAAAAGGAAACUUCCUUUUUUCGCACAUUCAGUGCUGAUACUAUUUUGGGUGUGAAACUGAAACCAAAUCUAGACAAAUACAUAUGCACAUCUUUCUUUUAGUUAAUAUAAUAACCAACAAUUACAUUUCUUUCCUAUCCCUGAAAAGGUAACACACAACAUCUGAAUAAAUCGGGUUGAUGUUGUUUCUAUACAUAUGACCUGUUUUUCUGAAUAAAAUGAUUUUAUCUUA